AUGACUACAAGUGGAUUAGCAGCGAGGAUAAAUUUCCACCAUAAAACCAGACAUAGCAGGGAACUGGCGUCAAGCGAUGAAAUCAGAAAAUUUCCUUCGAACAAAAAACAAGUUCUUAAAGAAGCAAGGUUUAGACGCAUAAUUUCACAAAACGCAGAGGAACGCUCCUUGACACGGCUCACAGACGACUUAGAGAAACUAACCCAACUAUUAAAAUCAAGGGAAGGAGAGGCUCAACGCGUUAUUGCUGAUGAUGACAGUGAGAAAAGAGGCAACACUGCAGAUGGUAAUAUCCUUGCUUUUGACCUCGCAUUUGUGGUGGAUGGGUCAAAGGAUAUAGAUGAUCAAGGAACUGGAAACUUUAAGAAAUGCCUUCAGUUUACGAAGGAAAUUCUCCGUUCAUUUCCAAUUUCAAAAAAAGGUGUACAUACAGGAAUAAUAACGUAUGGCAGAAAAGCGCUCGUGGAUACUAAUCUAGACACAUCUCUGGAUCAAACGGCUAUAGAAAGCGUUAUUGAUGCAAUUCCAUAUGCUGGUGAUGAUUCAUAUAUUGGUAAUGCACUUGAUACAGCCAUGGAAAAACUCUUCCCACACAGUGGCCGCGAAAAAGUGGCACAUAUCCUAGUGUUAGUUAUAGGAAGCACCUCGCAGGAUGAAGUACAGUCAUCUGCUCAAGAAUUGAAGGCCUCUGGUAUACGGAUCUUUUGCAUUGGCGUCGGAGAAAGGUUUGACCAAUCACAACUGGACUUAAUUGCUAGUUCACCCUCUGGUACUUAUGUGAUAACAACUGAAUUUGAAACCCUGCGAAAUGUGGUGCCGAUUCUUUCAUCGCGAAUAUUGGCAGGUAAGAUAUCGUUAGCCUCAAGAGAUGUGAAAGUUAGAAUCUCAACACCUACCAGGAGCCUUUUGACAGAUGGAGGAAUUGUCGAGGCCAAGAUCGACUUAGGCUUUUUAAUUGAUGGCUCAAACACUGUUGGGGAAAAAAACUUCCGAACCUCACUUGACUUCAUAAAAGCCAUUGUAGAGUCGUUUUGGACUCAAUUUGGCAGCCUCCAUCUUGGACUUGUGGUGUUUGGAGCGGAUGCGAGUGUUAUUUUCGAUUUUCAUAACGGUUAUAAGGCCAUAACAGAAAUAAACAAUGCAAUUAGUAAUGCAACAUUUCCAGGUGGAGGAAAAGUCAUGGCUGGAAAUGCUCUAAAAUGGACAGAAACACAUCUGUUUGGCAGCAAAAACCAGGAUUCCUAUAAAAGGAUUCUCGUAGUGAUAAUUGGAAGCAGCUCUGGGGACGACGUAUUCCUUGGUUCAGAAAUGCUUAAAGCAAACUUAGUGACUAUAUUUUGUAUUGGGGUAGGGAGCAAUUUUGAGAAGACACAAAUAGAUGGGAUAGCGUCGGCACCAAGCUCUGACAACGUUUUCACAGUUUCUACGUACCUAGGUCUUGCAUCUCUAAAACAAACGCUUAUUCACAAAAUCGAACAAGCGCGCACAACAUACAUCCCACCAAAAGAUCCCACUGGGAGAUUUCAGCGUUAUAUACCUGGACAGACAGGAGCAUUACCAGUAGCAGUUUUAACUCAAGGAAGAGUGCAGCCAGUAGUAAUAAGCGGGAUUCCACCAACAGCAGGAGUGCCACAAGCAGCAGCACCACCAGGAACAGUACUACCAGCUGGGGGAAAACCAGCAGCACUUUUCCCAGUCAGUGGUCCAGAAGCAGGAUCAUCCCCAGGAAGAAUACCACCAGUCGGACCAUCGUCAAUUUUACCUACAGCUCCAGUAGCCUGGCCAGGAGGACAAGUACCGGGUAGUGCGGCUCAAAGUAAAAGGCCGCUGUACCCGGCGAUUCCAGGCAAUGUUCUUCGAGCAGUUCCUCCUCUCGUACCUGUGGAAGAUGCGAAAUAUGACACCUUUGUUAAUAUCGUUUCAGAUGAAAAAUUGGACCUUGUGUUCUUGCUUGAUGGAUCAACGUCUAUUACAAAUACCGAAUUUCAGGAUGCUAAGCUGUUCAUCAAAAAACUCUACAGCAACUUUCCCAUCGGGGAAUAUUCGACUCAUGUUGGCCUUGUUGUCUUUGGUGAAGGAUCGCAAACAAUUUUCGACUUAAUCGAAUACACCGACAAAGAAACCCUUAAUGUGAAGCUAAAUUUAAUUUCGAAAUCUAACUCUUCUGGAAACUUUCUGGGAAGAGGACUGAAAACUGUUAAGAAAAGCAUUUAUGACGUUAGUGCAAGACCGGGAGGACAUCAAGUACUUGUUGUCAUCGCGGCGGGAACCUCACAGGAUGAUGUGAAUGCACCCUCACGUGACUUGAGAGACGAGGGUGUCAGGAUUUUCUGCGUAGGAGUGGGUAACAAAGUGGAUGUUAAUCAACUUCAAUAUGUUGUAACUGCACCUGAAAGAGAACAUCUAGCCACAGCGAGUUCAGAUAAUCUGGAUACACUGCUGGGUCCUGUGGUACAGAAUAUCCGAAGAGAUAUCACAGAAACAGUGGUUCCUCUAAAACUCACUGAUGUAAAAAUGGAUCUAGUUUUCCUUUUGGACGUCAAUUCCAACAACUUUAGGCGUGAUCAAUUUAGUAACGUUUUGAACUCGAUAAAAUCAACUUAUGCACCGUUUGUAAUUGGUAACGAAAAGACUCGGAUUGGCGUUCUGGCAUACGACGAGCACAUUCACACAAUGAUCCCCAUGGGUCAGUAUCCUUCACAACAGUCACUCGACAUUGCAAUAGAUGAAAUUUUAACGUCCCCAUCAUCGGGAGAAAGUCUCCUCGGACAGGGUCUCGUUGCUGUAAAAAGUCAGCUGUUUUAUGGCAAACCUCGUCCGGAAGUUCCCAAAAUACUUGUGGUAAUUUCGGGAGGAAAGUCCAAAGAUAACGUAAUGGGGCCAUCAAAAGUGCUGAAAGAACUUAAUGUAACGAUAUUUUGUAUCGGAGUUGGGCAGAAUGUUGACAGAAGCGAACUUGAAGCCAUAGCAACUUUACCAACAGUGAGUCACGUGGUAAUGGCAACUAUAUCAUACCGAGAAACUGCUGGGGGGAACCUAGCGUCGAGGAUCAAAAAAGUUAUUCAGGUUGAUCUGGGCUUCCUUGUUGACGGAUCAUCAAAUAUAAUGGAAACUGAAUUCUUACAAUGCAUGGACAUAGUGAAGUAUAUCUACAAUGCUUUUUCCGUUUCAAAAGAAAACGUUCAUGUUGGUCUUGGUGUAAUUUCCAGUAAUCCAGAGAUAAUAUUCGGCUUUGACAAAUAUUUUGAUAAGACGAGCCUCGACUCCGCCAUAGACACUAUCAAGUAUUCGGGAGCUCAGCAAGUGGCGAACAUUGGACUAAGUCUCAUUGCGGCCAGGGAUACGUUUUACAGUAAGAGUACCAGGAAAGGAGUUAGACGAGUUCUCGUUUUAAUGGUUAAAAGCAAAUCCAAUGACGAAAUCUCCGACCCAGCACGAAAGCUGAGGGACGAUGGAGUAGAGAUAUACGGCUUUGGCAUUGGAGACAGAGUAGAAGUACAAGAAAUUGCUGAAAUAGCGACAAUGCCAACGAAUAAACACGUAGUAAUGAACGGUACUGCUUUGUUAGUUGGGACGCAGAAUCUAAUUGAGAAGCUGGGGAUUGCGAAAGUGGAAUCAACGCAAAGGCAAGCUCCCAAACAGCGGAUGACCCCUCAUGGGAUAGGAAAUGCUAUUGAUCUGGUUAUCCUGAUUGAUGGAAGUAGCAACACUAAACCUGAUGAUUUCAACCAAAUAAAAGAAGUUACUAAAUCUAUCUAUUACAACUUCGGUGUAUCACCUAAUGGAACUCAUGUUGCAGUGGCCGUAUAUUCUAAAGUGACUCAGAUCAUCUUCAAUUUGAAUAAGCAUUACGAUCACCAAGGUAUGGACAACGAUAUAAACGCCGCCCCUUACCACUCUGGAGUUAGUUUGAUGGGAAGUGCUCUACGAGACGUAAAAACGCAUAUCUUUGACAUGCAUUCUCGACAAAAGAUUCCUAAAAUUUUGAUCUCCGUAUUGACCGGAACGCCUGGAGACGAAAUCGAAGGAUACAUCAAGGAACUGAAAAUGUCUUGCGUCUUAAUGUUUGCCUUGGGGCUCACUUCCAAUUACAGUCCCCAGAUUUUGGACCUUGCAUCCAAUGAACCUCAUUCUGAAUAUGUGCUGAUCAGCGAAACUUUUCCAGAAGUUAAUUCAGUGGCACAGAAAAUGGCUAACAAAAUAAACAAGGUUGCCUCAAUACAAACGUCUCGCACUGAACUUUGUGUGCAGCCGGAAGAUACAAAACUGGACAUCGUGCUCCUAAUUGGCAACUGUGGAAGUAAUUCCAAGCAGUAUUUUCAACGACAGUUGAAUUUCGCGAGAAAUGUGAUCCACUCUUUGACACUGAAUCCUCAAAAUGUACGUUUUGCCAUCAUAUCAGUUUCUAGUGGAGCUGAAAUAGUUCAAGUUUUGAAGAAACAACCGGAUAACCUCAUUGCAGUGUCUUCUGCUUCCCUCCCGUCUGGUGGACUCUGUACUUUUGGGCAAGGCAUAGACAAAGCGCAUGAAUUGUUAAAGAACAAUAGAAUUAGUGGUAUUCUUCAAGUAAUGAUCUCUUUAUUGGAUGGUAAAUCUGAUGAUGAUGUUUCAAAGCCUGCAAGCGAGCUGAGCAAAGCAGGUGUCCUGUUGUAUGCAGUUGGGUCCAAGGAAAAAGUCGGCGAAUAUGUUGCAUCCAACAUCACCAGUGACCCCACUUCAGAAUUUUUUAUACCAGAUCUAGGCAUUCUUGCUAUUGAUACCAUGAAGCAGGCGGUUGUGGACAAAAUAGAAAAAGAUAUUGAAAUUGGAAAAAGACUUGUUUGCCCUGCUAGAGAAUGUAAUAAUAAUGCGACGAAGCCGUCAUCAGAAUUACGGCCACAACCUCAAUCACAAAACACAACAAAAUCUCGCCAGCCACUUGCAGCUAAGAUGGGUCCAGUUGAUCUGGUUUUCUUAGUUGAAGGCAGCGAUAUAGUCAAUGAGACUUUAUUCAAGGUAAUGCUUGACAUUGUGAAGGACGUCUAUAUUCGCUUUCCAGUCUCCUUGAAUGAAACACACGUGGCCGUAGUCGUUUACGGCUCGAACACCCAAAUCGUCUUCAAUCUCAAAGACUACUUCAAUGCCAGCGCAAUGAACAAAGUUUUAGUGUCAGUUCCAAAUCCCCAUGGGGCUGCUUUAGCGGGGAAAGCUCUGACAGCGGUAAAAAAUAGAGUUUUUGAUACGGCUGGAAGAACGAAUGAAUCGGGUGUAUCACGUGUUCUCCUACACAUCACGUGUGGUAAGUCAGCUGAUGACGUAGUUGGGCCAGCUAAAGUUCUCAAAGAAGCUAAGGUCAAGAUAGUUGCAGCCGGCGCAUGUCCUGAGGCCAAUAAGAUGGAGCUUUGUAACAUUGGAAGUCCCCCAGUAUGUAAUAACUCCGUGCUUAUCAAUACACUCAAGCCACCAAAUAUUCCUGGGCAUGAGCUGGCCAAUAAACUGAAACAAGAUAUUCCUGUUCAAAAUGCCACGGAAAAAGAGCCAGGUCAAAAUGUUUCUGAACCUUCAACGGGUGCUAUCCUGCCAAACAUGUUUUGGAAUAAUGGACCAAGUGGAGCCGUUGUUCCAUUGGUUCCUUCCCUCGUGCCAGUUCACUCUCAAGCUCUUAGUCCAGCGCCAAACAUUUGGAACUACGAAUUACAAAUACAACGGAAUCCUGUGCCCCCAGAUCCAUACACUCUUCCUGGCAGUUCCUUUCAAUACAGUACGGAGUGUAUAGAUUAUGACCCAGCCUGUUCUGGAUAUACCGUCAACGGCUAUUGUGACGGAAGUGCGACUGGAUUUAGCGAUGACUACUUAAUGAAGAUGUGUAAAAAGAGUUGCAACUUAUGCGAGACGAACCAAGACUACACAUCUGGAGGCAUAUGGAUUAAGAGGGAUGAAAUUACAAAACGACGUGAUAUUGAAAAGAAAAAGACCACAAUUUCAGAAAAUUCAUCAGAAAGAACAAAAAGAGGAAGAGGGAGGAAGAUUAAGAAGCAGGAAAAUGUCAAACCAGUGGCGUGAUGUUCUAAUAUACUAAGCUCUUUCCUCGUACCGGAUACAGCUUUAGUCAAACCUGAAAAAUAACGACAUUUUGAACAAAAGAUUUAAACUCCCUAAAAUAUAUAGAAAAUGGAAUACACAGGCUUUACUAAAAUAGCCUUUGGUUACAGAAAAAAUACCCUUCCUCUGCGACCUUGUCAAUUACUGAACCAAUUUGAAGAUUGUUUUUCCGAUGUUGAAUUGAUCUAUGCUGAUACGUUUGGUUAAAAUGUAUAAUUCCCCUUGUAGUAUCAGCGUUCUCUUACAUUUUGUUACUUAAUGAGAAUAUCAGCCAAAUUUGACUGUGUGGUGCGAUCAUACCAGCGAGAGUGUCCUGAUAUUUGUUGCUGUGAUACUAUAUCACGUUUCAAAAAAUUUAUUAAAGUCAGCAUAAGAGUCAAACAGAACUCAACCCACGGAUCUCGCUGCGCUGCUUCAUGACUUGGAGCCUAAUUAUCUCUUGUCCGGCCUUCACCCUCAGUGAAUAGGUGGAUAUUACAUUUGGAGGAGUGAUGCGGUUCACCGAGUGUUUUCACUUUUACAAUCCAUAUUAACCAGUGCACAGAUAAAUCGUUCCCUGUACAGCUCAUGUAGACUAGAUACAGCUAACCUUACAAAAGCGUCUUUGGCUUAAUCGACCAUAAACUGGUUUCAUUUUUAGCCCCU